AUGGCGCCCUAUGUGGAGGAGCCCAACGACGAAGCGGCCUUUGCGCCUACCAAACGCGCUCCCGAUCUUGUCGCUCCUGAACCAGAACACUGCCCUGGCCCCGAAUCUGAGCAAGCUGGUCAAGGAGACGCCUGCGCCGGCUGCCCAAACCAGCAAAUCUGCGCCUCCGCCCCGAAAGGCCCCGACCCGGAUAUCCCCAUCAUAACAGAGCGCCUCUCCCAAAUUCGCCACAAGAUCCUCGUGCUCUCCGGCAAAGGCGGCGUCGGCAAAUCCACCUUCUCAACCCUCCUGUCGCACGCAUUCGCCGCAAACCCAGACUCGACCGUCGGUAUCAUGGACACGGAUAUCUGCGGCCCCUCGAUCCCCAAAAUGAUGGGCGUUGAGACCGAGACCAUCCACGUGAGCAAUGCGGGGUGGAGUCCGGUCUGGGUUACUGAUAACCUCGGCGCGAUGAGCGUGCAGUUCAUGCUGCCCAACCGCGACGACGCAGUCAUCUGGCGUGGACCAAAGAAGAAUGGUCUGAUCAAGCAGUUCCUCAAAGAUGUGGAUUGGGGCGAACUGGACUAUUUGAUUGUGGAUACCCCGCCGGGCACCUCCGAUGAACAUCUGUCUGUGAACUCGCUGCUGAAGGAAUCGGGUGUCGACGGUGCUGUCGUCGUGACUACGCCUCAGGAGGUUUCGUUGCUGGAUGUGCGCAAGGAGAUCGAUUUCUGUCGCAAGGCGGGGAUCAAGAUCCUCGAUUUUCCGUGCCACAACAGGCGGGGACGAAGGCUGGCCAAGAAAAUGGGUAUCCCGUUUCUUGGGGCUGUGCCUUUGGAUCCUCGUGUGGGCAUGGCUUGUGACUUUGGUGAGAGCUUUGUGGAGAAUUUCCCGGAUAGUCCUGCAUCCAAGGCUAUCAAGCGGGUUGUGCGGGCAGUAGGCCAGGCAGUCGGAGAGGACCCAGAGCAUGUUUUGCCGGAGGAAAUGGUAGGCUAA